AUGACUUCUACGAAAACCCCAAUUUUGAGCCAGAAUGCUCCUGCCCCAAGUCCACUCAUGUCACAGGGCAUUGUAUGCAACGGGAUGAUAUAUUGCUCCGGUAGCCUGGGACUAAAUCCCAAAACUGGGAAGUUCGUUGAUGGGGAUGUUUCUGAUAGAACGGUACAAGCACUGCGGAACCUUGAAAAUAUCCUAAAAUCCGGUGGUAGCGAUCUGAGCAAGGUUGUCAAGGUCACGGUCUUCCUAUCCAGUAUGGAUCAUUACGCAAAGGUCAAUGAAGGGUAUGGCCGAGUUUUCUCGCAAGGUACAAUGCCGUGUCGCACGUGUGUUGCCGUCGCCGCGCUGCCUCUGAAUGCUGAGGUGGAAAUUGAGCUUGUUGCAUCUAUUUGA